AUUUCAGAUUGUGGUGUUACCUCUUUCUGAUGUGCCAUUGAUGACUGAUGCACCACAGGUAUUAUCUGAAGAUAAAUAACGAAACUGUGCAUUGGACGUUUUUCGGCUUGGCACCUAUUUCAAAGUUUUUUGCUACAUGUUAUUUUCUGAUGGAGUCGGACAACGAUAUAAACAGCCACUAUAACAAUGUUGUUCUAGCACUUGGUGAUUAUAUGAAUAUUAGUUGUCAUGUUUGCAUCGGUGGUACACAAGUAUCAACUGAUAUCGAACAGUUAAAGUUAGGUCAACAAAUUGUAGUUGGUACACCUGGACGUGUUUUCGACAUGAUUAGUCGUGGUUAUUUACGUACAAAGACAAUUAAAUGUUUUGUAUUGGAUGAAGCGGAUGAAAUGCUUAGUUUAGGAUUUAAAGAUCAAAUUCAAGAUAUAUUUCGGUCACUUGAUCCAGCUGUUCAAGUAAGUUUUUUAUUAUUAUUAUUAUUAUUAUUAUUAUUAUUAUUAUUAUUAAGCCUUAAAGGUAUAGUGGUUCAAAAUAGGGUAUAUCACUCUGUAUUCGACAAGUAAUUUGCCGCAGGAAAUUUUUGGCACGUAGUUAUUAUUAAUAACGUUAAACUGCUAAGUCAGAACCUAUUGGUUGACACUGUCAACUUCAAUUGAUUAGUGGUAUAUUUGGCACUGAAAAAAUGAACAAAAUAAGGUAUAAUGCGAAUAUUUCUACCAUGGAGAUUCGAAGUAGCAUGAAUUGCUAUCGUAAUCGAUAUUUAACCCAUAUAGUAAGGCUUAUUACAUAAAAAGUGAUGUACUAAGUAGAAAUGAUAAUGAGGCAUAUAGAACGAUAAAUAUGACUUUACAUUUUGGAUUGUCAUCUUAAAAAAGCUAUACAGUUAUUUUUUCAGUUGUUGCAUGUUAAUUAUAUCUGGCGAUGAAAUGACAGAAUGUUAUCAUCUUUGUACGAAAAAUUUGACUGGUAUUCUCAUUUACUUGUCUCACAACCAACACUAGUUCAGUAUUCUUGUAUUAAUGAUUGGUGUAAAUCAAAACUGAUUUGAUAAGUUUAAAGAGUAAAACCUUACAUCCAAUUACGCUUUCUCAAAACGCAAUUAAUGGUUUAAGUUAAAAAUCUAAAUAUUAUUGAUAACUUCAUUAUUUAUCAGUUUAAAUAAUUGGAGGAAGGUUUGAACCUACCGUCCGACAACUGGAUGUUAAGUUAUUUAGUCAGUUAGUUACAACGUAGGACCAGGCACAUAUAUGCAUCGGUCCGAGUUUCCAUACCUCAUUAGUACAACAAGAUGAACACCAAAUUCAUAGGAGUAGUUACUUCAAUGGUAGUAAUAUAUAAAAGAAAGAUUGUGCAUAAAGCUAUAAUACAGGAAGAAAGAAUUAGAAGUAAACGUAUCAAGUAAUUUUAAUCUCACUCUUUAAAGGAAGAUAAAUAGUGUAUACAUCGAUGCCAUUGUGGUGGCGCACCGGUUCUCGUCCGACCACCGCAGUUAAGCAACGUUGGGCCCGAUCAGUACUUGCAUGGGUGACAGGCUGGGAAUACCGGUUGUUACCGGCGACCAUGCCACAUCAAGUUCUUUAAGGAAUUCUCUUAUGAUGAACAGAUUCUAUUAUUAGCACGAUAAUGAAUAAGUUACACGAAAAAUCUACUUUCCAGUCUAUCAUUAUAUACCAGGUAGUCUGUAAGUGUUAUAGUUCAAAUCUGAUACUGAGUAAGACUUUCUAGAUCAAAUUUCAACCUUUCCCUUUCAAUAUGAUUUGUAUGACUUCAUCGAUAAAGUGAACUUUUGCAAUGGAUUUUUUUACUGUUUCAAUCGAUCAAACGGAAGCCAGUUUUAUAUAACUAUUCAUUUGUGUAUAUCCUGGCGAUCAUUGUUUUUCUGCACUGUCAUGGUUACUAUUUGCGUGGAAAAUUUACGCCCACUUGUUGUCUCAUUGUACUGUUUUUCACGCGCUACUUUAUGAACAUAUUUUCAUGCUACUGAAUAAUCCACAAGUAGUUUGAAAUUCUGUUAUUAAAUUACUGUUAAAUUAUCAUUUAUUGUAUGCAGAUUACAGGUGUUGGUAGCUUGCUUGUUAUCGGUUUCUCUCUAACCUUAUUACGAAUACUUAUCUAGAUUCUUUUUUUAACGAUGAAUCGACUUCAACACUUUGACUGUUGGGCUUACCUCCUGUGUAAGAAUAAACAAUUAUUAGAUAGGGGUAUAUUUCAAACAAGCUUGUCCUCAAGCACAAAUGACUGGUAUGAAUGCGUAAAUGUCAAGUAUAUGUAGGUUAUUGUGUAUAACUAUAAAAACUGUCUUUAACCAUAGUCUAGUAUUUAGAUUUAGUACAAGACCAUUACAUAAACAUUUAUUACAUGACCAGUAACAACUGAAUCAUUUGGAGUGCGAAUGACAUACAUAAUUGAUUUUGCUUUCAAUCAUCUGUGACAUGGAUUAACAUCUUAAGAAGAAUUCUGACUGUUAAUCUAAGUGGGACUAAAUAAUAUCAGAUGCUGUGCAUUCCUAAAUCAUUUUGACUUGUAUCAGCAGUCAAAUAAAUCCUUAUCAUCAGUCUUUGAUUCUUGCACUUCGCUCCUUUUCUCUUGUAAUCACGUUACUGUGUAGAUUUAGUCAGAGGCUAUUAGAAGUGACUAGAAAAUUGGAUCUUAUAUUCAAUUAGCAGACUUAUCUAUGUUCAAGCAUUCAUAUACGUAUAUAAGUCAACUAAAGGACGAGUUUUCUGUACAGCAGUUCGUUCCGUCCUACUUUAAUGGCUGUGAAACAUGGCCGGUAAGAGUAGAGGAUAUUUGUAGGUGUUAUAACCCAGUGAAGAUUAAAUUACAGGUAACUCCCGAGGACUACUAAUGGACUAAUAUUCUAUAAAUAUUCUUAUUGUAAAACUAUUGAAUAAUUAGAUUAUGUAUAUUUAUAUUCCUCUUAUUAUAAGCUUUAUUUUGACCUAUAUUUUAUUAUUGCACGAUUUACGAUUCUUAAGCUAUGCUCAGUCUAUUAUUCACUGUCCCCCUCGUUCACAGCCACUUUUUGGCUUAUUUGUGUACACAUGUUAUUUUCUAUUUUAUGGUACGUUGUGGUCUGUCUGAUUGAUAUAUAAACCGGGUAUGUCUGAAAUAAACGAUCUGCCCUGAUUCGAUUCAUAUUACGGAAGCUGGUAUUGUGUUCUGGACUCAAGUGGAAGGGCUCGGAGGACAUAGGAUCAAUAAGGACGCUAGACUGCCCACACCGGUUGAACGUCAUUGGUUGGCCUAGUGUGAAGAUUCGUAUAAGUCGUAUUCGGAUUGGUAGAUAAGUCGCGUGAUAGAAAAGUCAGACAUUCAAGGUCAUAACAGUAGGUUAAUAGUAUUCGAUCAUAGGUGUCUUCGAAGCAUCGCUCGUAUAUUCUGGGACCAUCGAGUAAGUAAUGGAGUUGUUAGGAGAGGGGCACCAGGUAAGGAUUGCAAACCAAUUGAUAAAUAAUGGAACUUCAUCAGUUAAGAUGACUGGGACACGUGUUACGUAUGCCCAACCACCGACUGCCUCGAUGUGCGAUGUUUUAUGGUGUGAGAGUAGAUUGGAAGAAAGCUAGUGGCGACUAGACCAGAACAUGGUACAAAUCCAUGAAGUCACUGACAAGUGGACUGAGCCAUGUUGGUAGGUGUAGACUAACUGCUUGGGAUUCUCAAAACGAUAGGACUUGAUAGUUAGAGACCUUGAAUGACGCAUGACUCAAAAUUGUUAGCAAUGGCGCAGGUGCAUCCACUCUUUGUGUUUUCCCAAGUUCUAAUCUUCUGAAUUCUUCAUGUUCGUUUGUUUUUUCUCUUUCCAAAUUUAUUUCACUGGUUUAUACUCCUUGAAUAACAUCUUCAAACUAUAAUAUUUCCAAUUACUGAUCAUAUAUUUACUACCUCUGCUACUAAGGGAUUUGAACCGACAAAUGUAUCUGUGUGCUAAUGUGGUAUGGCAACUUGAACUGAUGUACGUACGUACGUACGAAGUUCUAGGUUGUUGCUGACUGAUACGUAUAUAUGUGCGCAAGUAGAAGCUCAUGAUUACUCACAGGAGCAAGUGAUACGUAACCAGUCUUAUGAUGAUUUUACAUUCGACCAUCAACUAUUUGUCCUAUAUCUUCCUAACACUGAUCAAAAGGAUAGGCGUGUAAAAUUGCUGCGAAAAUCGAAACAAUUAUUCUCUUCAGAAGUUAGGAUAGGGCCACUACAACAUUAUACAUGUUACCUAGGAUCAUUUUAUUGAUCCUUACAACUAAAUUGUUACUAGAUGACAUCAAAAUAAACAGGAUGUAGUGUUAAUAAUGUGAAAGUUUCAAUUAGUAAAACAGUUAAACAUUGAUAAUUGUGAGAUGGUGGAGAAGAGUUCAGGUGGAUGAUUUUAAUGAAGUUUCUUUGUUUGAGCUGGAUUGUUUGGUCGUGGACCUUUCAUCAUUCUUCUGAACAACAUCAUCAACACAAAAUCCAUUUACAGAUGAUGUUGUUCAAGUUUUUAUAUAGUCAUUCUUUUAAUAUAUACUUCUAUUAUAUCUUAUAUUUUGAUAUUUGCUAAAAAAAGUUCUUUUUAGUGAAAAAUUCAAUUGCUAAAUAAACAAAUCUUUCAAUUUACACAUAAUUUCUAUAAAACAAGUUGCUCUUCAUUUAACCCCCAAAUGCCUUGUUAUGGUUGAGAGUGAGGAGAUUCAACUCUCCCUUGUAGUUUCCAUGAUAAUUAUUCUUAUUUAUUCAUUUAAACGCAUAAACAUUGGUACAAGGAGGUACAAAACAGAUAUACAUCGCACAAAUCAUUCGAUUUGAGUGAGGACUAUGAUACUUCCCGGAUGCCCAGACCCAAAGUAAGUGGUUUUCUUAGGGGGUCAUACCCGAAGCCUUCGAUCCAAAGGUCUGGUCCACAAGGCAGUGGAGCGACGUCAGGAGAUGCAGUCCUAUGGUAGCCAGUUGUUAUGUUUGAAGCGAUUACGAGUUCACCUACUCUGCGAACGGAACAAAAACUCUGACCAAAGACCAAUAAGCUAGUUAUUAUGAUGCGUCCCAACCCCACUAACUAGAGAGAAAAGUUCAAGUUCGAAACGGGGAAAUAUAUUUCGCAAGCAGCCAGAAGCUUGAAGAACCACGACAAGCACAAAUCAAACGUAUAUAUACAGCAUAAAAUUGUCAUUGGGAAGUGUUACAAAAUAGCAUACUAAAAGAUACAACGAACCAAUAACAUUUAAGAUUCUCCCAAGUGGGAAAUACGACAUGAAAUUGAAAAAGCGAUUUUGGCGUGAAAACAAGAAACUCAAAUUUUCAAAAUAGAAUAACAAAAAUAAGGUAUUUACCAAGUGAGUUCUGGGGAUCUAACAUCCCCAACACCAGUGACCGAUAAUUGGUUCAUAUGCGAUUUCUUCCUUCAGCAUUCUGGAGCUCAUGUACACCAUUGGUUUGGAAUUAGUGUUCACCAAUCCCCUAGAUAGGUCCUCCGUCUCUACCAACCCGGUUAAAGCAUCGAACAUUCAGUUUUUGUCCUCUCAGUUUCUUGAACAACAUUCAUACCGCGAGAAGGUAGCAAGGACUUCUUUUUAAGUAGCUGUAUACGCGUGGCCAUAUGACAGCAUUUCAGGAGAGAGAGAGAGUGGAAGAGCUGGCUCUCCUUACCUUCGGCCGCACAAAGGCAUUUAAGAGCCUACUUUUGAAUGGUUCAUUUCUGUAUCCAUAUUUUUACCAUUUUGUUUUCUUACGUGUACUUCUUAAUAUUUUGUUCUAGUGAAAAGCAGCGACCAGUAGAUUUCAACCGGGCUUGUCGUGAGAUAGUAACUCACUGAUGACAAUAGUGGAUAUGUCGCUCAAUUUCGUGGAUUAGUUGAAGUCAGAUAUCGACACCGUUGGAUAUUGGCCAGGUCAGUAGUUUAGCGGUUAAGCGCUCGCGCGCGCAACUGAUAGGUCCUGGGAUUGAAUCCCGCGAGGUGGGGUCGUGGAUGCGCACUACUGAGGAGUCCCACAGUUGGACGAAACGGCUGUCCAGUACUUCCAUAAUCUCAACCAUUGAAAUUACUACAACCUUCACAAAACUCUUACUGAUAUAUUUUUUUCUCUUUUUCUCAGAUUAUUUUAUUAUCAGCAACAAUUCCUGAUGAAGUAUUAGAAAUAUCAAAACAAUUUAUGCGUAAUCCAGUACGUAUUUUAUUAAAACAAGAAGAAUUAACAUUAGAUGGUAUACGUCAAUUUUAUGUUAAUGUUGAACAAGAAGAAUGGAAAUUAGAAACAUUAUGUGAUUUAUAUCAAUCAAUUACAAUAACACAAGCAGUAAUAUUUUGUAAUUCACGUAGAAAAGUUGAAUGGUUAACAAACGAAUUAAUUGAGCGUGAUUUUAUUGUAUCAGCAAUGCAUGGUGAAAUGGAACAAAUAGAACGUGAUAAUAUUAUGACAGCAUUUCGAAGUGGUUCAAGUCGUAUUUUAAUAUCUACUGAUCUAUUAUCACGUGGUAUUGAUGUACAACAAAUUUCAUUGGUAAUUAAUUUUGAUUUACCAACAAAUUUAGAAAGUUAUAUACAUCGGUAAGUGAAUAUUAUACUAUUAUUAUUAUUGUUAUUAUUAUUAUUAUUAAUACUGCAAAAUUGAGAGGACGAAAAGCGAAUAUCCGAUGCAUCAACCGGGUUGGUGGAUAUGAACGAUCCAUGUAGGGGAGUUGGAAAACCCUAAUUCCAAACCAAUGAUAUGUGCAUGGGCUCCAGUAUCCUGAAGGGAUAAAUGAUGUAUGAACCAAAUAUUUGUCACCGGUUACCAUAUGAUUGCAUCUGCCUUGUGGAUCAGACCUUUAGAUCGAAGGCUCCGGGUAUGGUCCCUUUAGAAAACCACCUAUUUCGAUCUGAGCACCCUAACAGUAUCACAGCUUAUGCACAUAUCAAGUGACUUGUGUGGUGUAUAUGUAUUUGGUGCUCCUUUGUACCAAUAUUUGUAUGUUCAAAUCAAAUCAAAUCAAAAACAAAAACACUGCGAAUCGUAUAAGAAAUUUAUUUGUAAUAUAGAAUUAGUCAAUAGGUUAUAAGCAUUGUAGAAACUGACACGUGUAUAUAUCGGUUCUAGAUGCUACACUGUAUAAACACAACGAAACGUACAACUUAUUAAAACAAAUAUCAAAUUAGUAGAAACAUCAAUAGUAUCCAUGACAAAGAGUGAAUGCAUCUGCACCAUUGUGACUAAUUCUGUGUUAUGUCACUUAAAGUCUCCAACUGGGGAGUUUACAUAUUCCUACUCAGCUUAUUCCGAUAAUCAGUAAUUUUGUAGACUGAUAUGACUCCUUGAUUUUUAUAACUUUAGUUUCUUUUAAACCUAUUCCUAUACUAAUUAUCAUAGCAGAUUGUUAUAGGCCAUCGUUGGGUAUAUGUAAUUUAUGUACUAAUCACGUUAGUUGUCGAAUAUUAACAAUAUUACCCGCCUAUUAUCUAUAUUUAUCUAAUACUCUUUGUCUAACCUCAGUAUUGUUUACACAAUGGUCCCAUAAUACGAGAGCGAUACUUCUCAGGUAUUCAUAACCAAAUACUAGCGACUUACGAAUGUUCCCUAUUUUGAUGACCACAUUUUGGGAAGUUAGAAUAUGGAACAAAAAUAAAGUGUAUGCUUAAAGAAUUAACUUUUUAUGUUAGUUAUUGCUUUUUAUGCCUUGAAUACGAAAAUCAUUCGGUAAAAAAACUUAUUUGUCUUUUCAGAAUAUUUAUGCACUUUAUUGCGAUGAUUACUGGAGCUCUUAUAAUCCAGUAUUCAAUUUGGAACGGCAGAAAAAGUUAUUUCUGAUCAGUUUAUCAUGUCAACCUACAUCUCAUCGUUGUUUCGAUAGUUUCUAGGCAAAGUUAACCAGUUUUCAUGUUAGAUUAAUGCAUUACAUACUUUCCAAGGUAUAGAAACUCAACUUUAACCAUAUACAUAAUACGAGUCUAGUACUACUAUGUUCGAGGGACUAAGAUAUCACCUUAAACUGGCAAACGGAAUGUAAUCCAACAACACUAACAGGACGAAGAUGAGACAUUCGUCUGCACAUCAACCCUGCUAACUAGAGAAAGAAUACCAGAAUCAACAGAGAAUAGAUGUAUAAUUUUAAAAGCAACCCGGAAGAACGAAUAACAAGCACUCAACUCAUGCGUAAUAUAUACAAAACAAAAAUGUCAUUGAAAAGUGUCACAAAAUUACAUACUAAAAGAUGAAACAAACCAAUGACGUUUAAGCUCCUUUCAGGUGGGAAACAAACUGAAAGUAAUAAUAGGCGCUUUUGUGGCGAAAAUGUAAAAUUAAAGUCUUCACAAUUAAGUCACAAAAAAAGAAGUUUACCGAGUGCAUUCUGAAGAUCUAGCAUCCCUAACAACUCCCAUUUUCAUUAGCGUAUAUUCCUGGUAUUCAACUGCAUCUUGACUGUUUGUCGCCGUUGUCUCAUCAACCUUCUGAAACGCAAGUCAGUUCAUUUAUGAAAUUCAUCGCGACCGGGGGUACGUUGAAUGUAUCCAUCAGAACUUUAAGCAGGAGAUUUCUGUUUGUCUAUGGGAGAUAUAAGGUUAAUCAUUUUGGUAGCUGACGCCGGUGUCGAGUCCACCUGUCUCUUUCACCUCUACUUCAUACAUGACUUGACCUCGCUUUUCGACCACACGUAAUUCCGUGUAGGGAUUGUGGUUCGGUUUAUAGUCUCGAGAAAGCACUGGACACCCAACCUUGUCCGUUGGCAGUUCUUGGGACCCUGUCUAUAUAGUUCUCUGUAGCAUCGGGUUGUGGAUCGUCAUUAGUCAGGUGCUAACAUCAGUUGAGCUAUUUCCAUUUUGCCCUAAAAAAAGCAUAUUACUGGACAUUAUGUUCCGCUGUAUGGUAUUACUCCUUCACAUAAGCACCUUUCAGACAAAAUCAAUAAAUAAAUACAAAGUCUCUGCAUAUCAUCAAUUUGGAAUGGCUCAUAAUUUAAUACGUAGAGAUUUGAAUUUUUCCCGAUGUUUAUAUUAAGCCUUACAAUUGAUCAAUAUCUAUCACUAUAUUUACAUCCUAUAAAUAUCAACACUGGGAUACAGUGUACAUUUAACUGUUGAGUCCGAAAGCUAAUUUCUUAACAUGAUUUCAAGCCAUCAUUCGACUUGAAGGAAAAUGUACAAUUUUUUUGAUAAUUGUAUUAAUUUCACAGAUUGAAAUCAUGAGUCAAUUGAAGCUAGAUCACCAUGUGAAACCUGGAAGUACUGGAAGGCCGUUUCGUCCUAGUAUGGGACUCCUCAAAAGUGCUCAUCCACGAUCCCGCACCCCGCGAGAUUCGAACCCAGGACAUAUCAGUCUCGGAUCAAGCGCUUAACCAUUAGACCACUGAGCUGGCCGGCAUCCAAUAGUGUUAAUGUCUAACUUCAACCAAUCCACGAAGUUGCGCCAUUGUAUACCAUUGUCUUCAGUAAGCUGAUAUCUCACAACAGACCUCGUUGAAUUCCACUAGUCACUGCUUCUCACUAGAACUCCAGGAGUAUCUCUUGAAGUCAGUCACUAGUGAACAGAUGAUUGAUAUCAUGAACCGAUUGAUGUUACAUCAUCAUUGAAAACCUAGAAACAGUAGACGUCGAUGAUCUAACAUCAAUUGAUUCAUGAUCUUAAUCAAUAAAUUAAUAAUCUCCACAAUCCUAUAUUGAUAAUUAUAUUAAUCUCUUUCAUAAAGUAACUUUUAAUUCUUCCUUUCCCUCCCCCUCUCUAUUUAUUUAAUUUUUUUUUUAUUUUUAGUAUUGGUCGUGGAGGUCGUUUUGGUCGUAAAGGUGUUGCUAUCAAUUUUGUUACAUUAGCUGAUGAACGUUUAUUAAAAGAUUUAGAAAAAUUCUAUAGUACAAAAAUUAGUGAACUUCCAAUGGAUGUAGCUAAUUUAUUUUAGAAUUUAAAAAAAAAGUAUAUCUGCAUAUUUGAUACAUACAAACCUACACACACACACACACACACACACACAUGAAUAUAUGAUUGACAACCUUCAUUCAUUCAUUCAUUCGGGAAAAAACUUUCUUUUCUUUAUUAUAUACACAUAUCUAUUAUCAUUUUUAUUAAAGAAAAGUUUAUUGAAUAUGUAUUUUCCCAAUUUGUUUUUCUCUUUUCUUCCUUCUUCCUUCUUCUUCUUCUUCUUCUUCUUUAUUUCAGUUUUAUCUGUCAAAAAUGAUAAGUAAAAACUCAUCUUUAACUGAAUUAUGUAUUCUCUUUGUUCAUUCAUAAACUUGUUGGAAUAUAAAUGAACCUUAUUUGUUGUUGUUAAAUGAAUAGUGCUGUUGGGUGGUGAUCUAUAUUCCUCCACGAGGAGUGACAGGUGUAAGUAAGUAAGUUUGUUGUUGUUAUUGUUGUUGAUAAUUUACUGUUUCUUCUUUUCAAUACAGUAUUCAUGGAUCUUGUUCAUUGUUACUUCUAAUGAAUAGGAUGUUUAAUGUGUUCGUAUUGAAUUCUUCUCAUUACAUUUAAUUGGAUUGAUAUUAGACAAUAUUCAUUUAUUCCUUGACUUCUGAUUAGUAGUCACAUUGUUCUUCUUUCCUCUAGAUCUUGUAUGUGAUGAAUUGUCUUUUUCUGGUCGUUGUUGUUGAUGAUGAUGAGGAUUCACUGUUUCUUCUCUUCGAUACAAUGUUAAUAAAUCUUGUUCAUUAUUACUUCUAAUGAGUAGUAUGUUUUAUGUGUGUUCCCAUUUUGUUUCUUAUGAUUGGAUUGAUGUUAAACAAUGCUGAUUUAUUCCUUGACUUCUGAUUAGUAGUCAUCUUGUUCUUUUUUUUAUGAUCUUGUAUGUGUUGAAUCAUCGUCUUCUUCUUUCUUUUUCCCCACUCAAUUAGUUCUGUAUAGAAAGCUUUCAUUUCUUUUUAUAUUUCUAUUCUUUAUUUAAGAAAAGAAGUAACUUUUAUUAUAGAAAUCAACAACACUGGUUGUGAUGGUUUAACUGCUGUAAACAGUAUAAUAUUGAUUCAUGAACAAAUAAGAAAAAAAAGUACAUUGAUAAUUCAUCUGUUCCUACUGUGUUCACAAUUCGCGUAUUGCUAUGUUUUUUCUUCUUCCAAUUGUUGCUAAGAGCAUCAUUAGUCCCCCUUUUUCUUGUCUUAUCUUAAUAGUAUAAUAUUAUGAUUGGUAUCUAUCGAACUAUAUAUUCUGUUGUAUGUUGAAUUAAGGACUGAUUGUUUCAUGUAGUUCUUUGAAGACAAUGUGUAUGUGUGUGGGUGUGUGUGUGUGGUGUCUUUCAGAUGUCUACUUGUCAAUUGUUUCUGUUACGAGGGGAUAUCAUUGAAAUUUAAAAAAAAAGGACUUGUUUUUUUGUUUUUGUAAAUGUGAUUAUUCAUCAUUCUAUACACAUUUCUGUCCUACUUCUCUAAUGGUUGGUUAUUUGGAUCUCACUCCUCUUUUUUUUGUGUUGUUUGUCAUCUUAAGCCUGUAUCAUCAUUAUUAUUGAUAAUAUUAUUAAUAUUACUCUAUUUUAAUUGCAAUUAGUAACUCAUGGUCAAUAGUCUUCGAGUAUAAAUAUGAAAAGGUAGCCAUUGUAUUUAUGUAUGUACUAUUUUAGUAUUGGAUUUAAAUUGAUUCAUUCAUUAAUUACAUAUUCGUAGAUGGUAUUGGUCAUAUGAACACUGGAGAGUUGUUUUGCUCUAAUAUGGUAUUCAACAAUGCCAAUCUAUAGUACCACUAAGGAUCAUUAUUAUUUAAACACAGAAACAUUGGUACAAGGAGGCACUAAAUAUAUAUAUGCGCCACACUUCAUCAUCCGAUUUGUAUAGGGGCUGAGAUACUGGCCAGGUGCCCAAACUGAAGCAGGUGGUUUUCUUAGAAGGCCACUCCUCAGACCUUUCACCUAAAGGUCUAGUGUACAAGGCAAUGAAGCAAUGUUAGGAGAUGCAAUCUCAUGGUAGCCGGUGAUAAAGAAUAGGUUCAUACACCUUUUUUCCCUCAGGAUCCUGUAGCGCAUGUAUACCAUUUGUUUGAAAUGAGGGUUUUCGAACUCCCCUAGAUGGACUCUCAGUGUCCAUCAACCCGGUUAAAGCGCCGAACAUUCGCUUUUCGUCCUUUCAAUUUCGUGAACAAUAGUAAUGCUGCGAGGUGGUGAGUAAAACUUCCCUGUCAGUGGAUGUAUACAUGUGUUCAUGUGAGAGCAUUUCGAGAAGGGGAGCUAACUCUUCCCACCUUUGACCGUACCAGGACUUUAAUUGCACGCAGUGAACGCCUAACCACUGGAUCGGCAUCCAGUGGUAUAAUUCCAGCUUUAAUCAACUUGCUAUGUGACGCGACUAUCAUUCAUAGUUAUCAGUGACAACUGUUUCAUUUUUGAUAAAUCUAAACUUCAACCGUGACUAAGUAACUAGUCAGUAGUUCGCUUGCUCGGCUUUCAUUCCUUUUAAUUAUGAUGGCUAUCAGUAUAAUACCUGACCGCUCAAGUUAAAUAAGAUGAAGUGGGAUUCGGAUUUAUAACAGAAUGAAUGAAGGUUGAUUGUUAUAAGUAAUGUAAGCCGCUGUUAUAACGUACAUACUUAAAUACUGGUGUGUUCAAUUGAUACACUGUGGUUAUACAGGCUUUGAAAUACUCAGUAUACAUUAAUCGUAUCAUUUCUUCAUGUGGUACUCCACAUUCUUUGGUAGAUAAUUCACUUGUAUUAUCUCAGAUUCAGUUACUCAAAACGUAUAUGGAUAUUCUCAGAUUUUGAUCACAGAUGUCUUAGAAAUAUUUCCAGCAUCUGUUGGGAUCACCGGCUAAGUAAUAGUGAGGUUAGACGAAGUGUAUUGGGGGAUGAUGGUAAAUCAGUUGACGUUGUACAUCUCCAUCGACUGAGAUGAUUGGGCUACGUGUUAGAAGAAAGUUAUGAGAGCGGCCAAACCAAAACAUGGCAUCAGUCCUUGAAGUCACUAACGUCUGGUCGGAGCCAUGUUGGUAGAUACAGACUACUUGGUUGGGGUCUGCAUGACUAUCAUAAACAGCAAUCUUUCAGAUAGUGAAUCAGCUAUAGGAAAUUGCAAGAGACGGACAUAUGAUAAUCUUUCUCUUGCAUCUAACUUUAUCGCUAAAUAUUUGUCCACUUGAAAAGAGUUAUUUUAAUCAUUUGGCUAUCAGGAUUCAAUAGCUAAAUGGAUAACGCGAUGGCGUUUGUAGCGAACGAUACUGGGUCCGAGUCCCAGAGUGAACAUCAAACCUGAGAUGUAAGUACAUCCGGUUGACGAGUCCCAAAUAGGACGAAACGCGCGUCACAUUGGAUUCCUCUGCUAAUUACUAUCCAUCUUUGCUUAUAAAGUUUGUGACUUCAAGCAAUAUAGAUGCAAGAUGCACACAUGCUGAGAAGAGACUGAUGAAUUGUAGUCUUAAAUAACAAUGGUAAGAUACAAGUAAACAACACCAAGUGAAUAGAUUAAGUUUCAAUAGAAAACUCAACAGCUCAUUUCAUUUAUAUACUGGAUAAAUCAUGGUAUAUCACAUUCCUUAAGUAGUACGAAUGAUGGACUAAUUAAUUGAUUGGUACUCAUAUGAUAAGUCAAAUACCUAUAGAAAUCGGGUUGUAUAUAUUUUGGAUUCGAAAAACCAACUCUGGAACCUUGGAUUAUCAUGUGUUGCCUGUUUAAGUAGAGAAAAUGUUAGUUUAUCUAUGGAAGUAUUAUAUGAAUUCAAUUAUAAUCUAUUCAGCUUUUUUAUUCUACACAAAUGUAAUAACUUUUGGCAUUAACUAGUUUACUUAUUCCUACUAAUAUAUUAAUUUAGUAAAAUUCCAACUUCCACAUUGUCGUGUUAUGUUUAAUCAUUCUGAAUUUACAUCACGAACUGGUAUUAGACAAACCGAAGCAAUGAGCAGCUCUUUCAUCUUGAUAUGACAUGUCUCAGUUGUAUACAUCCAAAACCCUACCAUUGGGUGGCGACUGAGCUAUCUAUAGGUUAAACACACAGCAAAACCUAAGGGUGCUGGAUCCAAUCCUUAGUGGGAUUGAGGACGCACACUGCUGGGAUAUUCCUUACCAGAAUGAAAUAUUAAGUACUUCUUUAUUUUCACCGGUUAACUAAGG